UUUCUUGAUCACUGCGCUUUCUCUCUCCAUUUCAAGAACCUCCUCAACUGAUUUCCGAGACUCGAGCACAGCACCGUCGCUCGUCGCACGGAGAAAGAACACCCCAUCAUGCACAGCCCCGAUCCAGAUCCCCGCGACCCGAGGUCCGGCGAACACGGCAACGGGGGUCCAGACUCGAUGCGAGAGGACGUCAUCAGAUUCGUCGACGACGAAGCGUGUGUUGCGUUCAAGGACGAGCCGGACAAGUACCUGAGGUUCUUCUCCGCGUUCUUGGAGACGAAUCGCGUCUGCGAAGAGAGUGCACCUAAUUAUAUCGAAGAGAGAUUUUCCAAGGUCGCGGAUUCACUCGAGGAGAAACCUCGACUUCUCGAGCGAUGGAACGACGAUAUCGGACCCAAGCUCCGGACCGUAACGCGACAUGGAGAAGCGAAGGGGAUUCUAAAAGGAAAUCGCGAGCUUUGGGCUGUUAAAUUCGCCGACAUCGUUAAGAGACGAUGCAAGGACGAGGCUCGAGAUCGCUUUCUCCGCAUAUUCUGCCGCUAUCAGAAUGGAUCGAUAACCUUCGAAGAGUUCGGCGACGAGACGAAGCAGCUGUUUCGUGACGACCCAAUGAUCUUGGAAAUCUUUCGUUCGUUCGCGACCAAUCCUCAUGGAGAUCACGACUAUGCGAGAUGGGUUUGAAGAAGCCGUCGAAGUUUCUUUCUCAGGAUCGUUUCCAUGA